AGUCUUCAACUUUUAGGGCUUUCUCUAUGUGAUCUUGGCGAUUAAGCAUGGUUAUCUGCCAAUGUGGGAAAGAGGCUGUGAUCGUAACAUCAUGGACUAGCAAGAACCCUGGUCGUCGAUUUUAUGCAUGCCCUGAACCGGGGAGAAAUUGUCGAUUUAUUGGCUGGUACGAUCAGAAAAGGUGUCAAAGAUGCAUCGAUAUCAUACCUGGUUUGCUAAGGAGGAAGAACGCAUUGGAAGAAUCUAACAAGUUGCUUAAUCAGGCCAACAUAGUUGUUGAAGGAAAACUUAAAGAAAGUGAAGCAAAAGCUAUAAAAUUGAAGAAGAUUUUGGUUCUAAGUUGGGUCUUGUUCAUAGUUUAUGUGUUGUUUGUUUAAGUGCAGUAGUUUUUAAUCCUGAUGUAAGGACAUUA